AUGUUCACGCCAGUGGAGUCCGCCAUCGGCGGCAUGCUUAUUGGGCUCUCAGCUGCGAUCUCCUACUUGGUGGAUGGCAGGAUUGCUGGAGUUGCCGGCAUCCUUGGCCCUUUCCUUCGUGGAGUGACUCAGUGCCAGCCACUGAAGGAUGGCCAGCUGUGGAAGAUACUUUUUCUGCUUGGCUUAGUUCUGGGAGGCAUGAUUGCCAUGGCCUGCAAUCACGACUUCUCAUUUCCUCAAGCAGCGCCCUUCCAUGUCGUCCGUUAUAUUGCAGCAGCGAUUUUUGUCGGGAUGGGCACGCGUAUAGGAAAAGGCUGUACUAGUGGACAUGGUAUCUGCGGACUUCCCAGAUUCUCAUCAAGGAGUUGGGUUGCGGUGCCGACAUUUAUGGGUUGUGCGAUAGGUACAGUUGCCCUCACACGGCAUGCUUUCAAGUGGGACCAGCCCGGACCAUGGGCACUUGCUGAGCUGCAGUGGCCUCCCAAGUGGGAGUUUCCCGUUGCUUCCUUGGUGGCCUGUGUUUUGCUGACGGGUCUUAUGAUCCUCCUUCCGAUGCCUAUUCGCAGCUAUGCUUCACCGACGCUUGCGGGGAUCAUCUUCGGUGUCGGUUUGGGCUGCGCAGGCAUGACAAGCCAAGCGAAGGUCUUGGACUUCUUGGAUUUCGGUGGCACCUGGGACCCAUCACUGGCUUUCGUGAUGGGCUGUGGCAUCCUGGUGAGCGGCCCAGCCUUCCUUUACGCAGAGCGAGAGGCCAGCAAGCCCCUUUGUAGCGACUGCAGCUACGAGAAGCCCCCAAAGCAUGGCAACUAUCCACAGUUGAUCUUUGGAGCCAGCCUCUUCGGGCUGGGCUGGGGCCUGAUCGGGAUCUGCCCGGGGCCGGCGAUUGCUGGCGUCGUUCCUUAUCUCGUGGAUGGUGACGGCCCAGGCUUCUCCUUUGCCUUCUCGUUUCUGGUGAUCUGCAUUACGUGGUUGAUCACUGAUCGAGUGGUUGUGAAGCUGGAGAAGGCAGCAGCCGCGCAGGCGCUGCCCACGGCUGCGCAGCCAGCUCCAGACGGGAAGGUCGAGGACGUUCCUGACGUGAAGCAGGAGACGGAGGAUGAGGAAAACGUGGUUUAUGAAGCGCAGAUCUGA